CUCUUUUCGGCACUACACCGGAACUAAAGAGUCUUCCUGUACGUUUCCACCCGGACAGUGUCCAAUACGAACCAAACACUUUAGAUGGCACACGCUUUCUUUUUCUUUCAUUUCUGAAGUCUCUGAAACUCUCUCCGUGUGUGUGUGUUGAGUUGUUGACUCGGUCCGUCACAUGUGAAGAGCGGUUAGAAUCGGAACCAGCACAGAGUUGAGAUCAGCGACGAGUCAUGCUCCUGGUGGACCCCGGUCUGUACAUCGGCACCGCAGCUGACCUGAACGACAGCCGAGCACUGGCCGAUGCAGCUGUCAAUCACAUCCUGUCUGUGGACUCCGUGGACCCCGCCCCUCUGCUUCCUGCCGAUGGGGGCCUCCACACGAAGUGGAUCAAUGUCCUGGAUGAGGUGACGUCUGAUCUCCUGAGUCACAUGGAUGACUGCUUCCUGUUCAUCCGGGAGGCUGUGGAAGGAGGCGGGGCUGCGCUUGUUCACUGCCAGGCCGGUCGGAGCCGCAGUGCCACCAUCAUUACUGCUUAUUUAAUGAAGAGAUACCGGCUGGGCUUCACUGAGGCUUAUCACAGACUGAAGGCUGUCAAACAGGACAUCCAGGUCAACAGUGGUUUUGAGGAGCAGUUAUGUCUGUAUGAGACCAUGCAGUGUGAAGUGGACACCUCCAGUCCUCUGUACAAACAGUACAGACUGACCAAGAUCACUGAGAAGUACCCAGGUCCAAAUGAGGUCAAAUAGUGUUACUCUACUUCAGCAGGCAAAAACACAGGAUUCAUCAGGACUGGCAGCAGAUAGAGCUUUUAUUAUCUUGACAGACAAUACAAAGCCUGA